AAUAAUAAUUUUAAAUUGUGAGUAUUAAUCACUUCUCAACAAUUUACACAUUUUUUAAAAAAUUCUCUGCGAUCAAAAAAAAGUACUAAACUGUUGUCCUAAUUCAACAACAAACGAAACUGAACAUUAAAGCUCAUCUUCUUCUUCUUCAUCAUUUUUUUUGUGUUGGAUCCAUAGAAGUCAACUCCGAUCAUCAAAAUAAGGUUAUUAAGUAUAAAUCCUGUUUGUCAAUAUUUUUACCGGUAUUGUGCUGAGGAUCAUUGAGUUUUAGCAUUCUUAAGUUCCGCUUUGAAAGAGGGAACCCGAGGAAUGUUGAAUGAUGUGCCUGAGUCUUCAGAAUUCUUUCUCUGAAGCCCAUACUUUUGCGGCUUUUCUAGACUCGCCUUUGUUUGUCUUUGAUGAGACUGGAUUGUGUAGUUGUGCUUCAGCGUUUAUUUGUUCUUCCGAGAUGUACUAUGAGCCUACGAAUUGCUAUGAAUAUCCUGCUGUGUUGAUGCAUGAUCUUUGUGAAGACGGUUGAGUUGCUUCUACUGUGCGUGCUUUGUGUAUUACUUAUAUGUUAUUGGUCGGAGACUCGGAAAUUGUAUUAGGAAUUUGUGAACUAGCAUUAGUCGAUUAUUAUGGAUUAUAAGCCAAGUGUGUUGACUCAAAAGUAUGAGAUAGGAAGAUUGCUUGGCCAAGGCACUUUUGCAAAGGUUUAUUAUGCUAGGAGUAUAUUAACGAAUCAGAGUGUGGCCGUUAAGGUCAUUGACAAAGAGAAGAUAUCAAGGGUAGGGCUUGUGGAGCAAAUCAAGAGAGAAAUAUCAGUGAUGAGGAUCGUUAGACACCUAAAUAUUGUGCAGCUCUAUGAAGUCUUGGCCACCAAAAGUAAGAUUUACUUUGUAAUGGAAUAUUGUAAGGGCGGCGAACUCUUUAACAAAGUUGCGAAAGGGAAAUUGAAGGAGGAUGUUGCACGCAAAUAUUUUCAGCAGUUGAUCAAUGCAGUUGACUUCUGCCAUAGUAGAGGUGUUUAUCAUCGGGAUAUAAAGCCGGAAAAUCUAUUGCUGGAUGAGAGUGAGAAUCUAAAGAUAAGUGAUUUUGGGUUGAGUGCUCUUGCUGAAUCCAAACGCCAAGAUGGGUUACUCCAUACAACUUGUGGGACGCCUGCAUAUGUUGCUCCUGAAGUGAUCAAUAGAAAGGGGUAUGAUGGUUCUAAAGCCGAUAUAUGGUCCUGUGGGGUGGUUUUGUAUGUGCUGCUAACAGGUUAUCUUCCAUUUCAUGAUUCAAAUUUGAUGGAGAUGUACAGGAAAAUUGGUAAAGCUGAGUUUAAAUGCCCUAAUUGGUUCCCACAAGACGUUCGUAGGUUGCUGUCUAAGAUACUGGAUCCAAACCCCAAUACAAGGAUUUCCAUUGCCAAGAUAAAGGAAAGUAGUUGGUUUAAGAAAGGAUUGAACUCGAAACUUAAGAAAACAGAAACAGAAAGCAGGGACGUAGAUAAUUUAGAGAGGAGCCGAUCUGGUCCGUCCGAGAUUAGCAGUCUGUCAUCUGUCAAACCACCCAAAUUAAAUGCAUUUGAUUUAAUAUCUCUCUCGGCUGGGUUUGAUCUCUCCGGAUUGUUUGAUGAAAAUCCUCUAGUGAGAGAAGCAAGAUUUACUACCGUGCAGCCUGCUUCAGUCAUCUUGUCAAAACUGGAAGAUUUAGCAAAGCGCCUAAGGCUGAAGAUCACGAAGAAGGAUGCAGGUUUGUUAAAAAUGGAAGGAGUAGAUGAAGGUAGAAAAGGGCCGUUGUCCAUUGAUGCGGAGAUCUUUGAAGUGACACCGAAUUUUCAUUUGGUUGAGGUGAGGAAAUGUAAUGGAGAUUCAUUGGAAUAUCAGAAGAUAUUGAAAGAGGAUAUACAGCCGGCUCUCAACGACAUUGUUUUGGUUUGGCAGGGUGACCAACAACACCAGCCAGACAUGACAAUAUUACAUUAAUCGCAGCAGUUUGCUAGUUAAGUACCUCUCACAUUGCUUCCUCAUAUGUUUGUAUGUAUUGAUUUUUUUGUUAACUUGUGUGUUUGUCUUGUGAAUUGAGAAUCUUUAUGGAUUUCAUAUAUAUUAUGGUGUAACCAAUAUUAUAGUGUUAAACUUUAAAGUACUUGUCAAUAGUUUCUGAAA